AUGACCCGACUCAUGCAUGAAACCUCAGCUCUUCGCCGACUGUAUUCUGUAUCAAUCGUUGAAAUGAGUAACCGAGAGCUCGCACGCCACACCAACACCUUUCGAGUCUCUCACCCACAACGUAUCAAGCGGAACAGACCAACCGUAUCAUGCUCCACCUGUCGUGCGCGUAAGCAGAAAUGCGACAGACAACAACCUUGCAGUGGAUGCCAGAGACGUGGUUUGGGAGGAUCAUGUCGCUUUGAAUCUAUCUCAACGCCAGCAAAGUCGACAUCAGCCGAGAAUAGCGAGAUGGGUGUUCGGACUGAACUUGGGAGAAUGCGUGGUGUGCUGCAACGUCUCCUGAGCCACCCCGCUCAAGUCCAAUCAGAGGAAUCUGUCAAGCAGCUUCUUGAUAGCAUAGAUUGUAUCGAGAAAACUGUCAACAAAGACACUCGCCGACAAGUUGCACCAGCCCCCCCUGCGAGUCAGCUCCCAGACAUCAUAUUUGGCACUGUAGCUAAGGUUUCCCUGCAAGAUAUCUUGACAGCCGUACCGCCUCGCAAAGUUGCAGAUAGAAUAGUAUCAACAUACUUCAACGCCAAACACGCCGUAGUUCCAUUUAUCCAUACACACCAAUUCCGGAAACAAUAUGAAGAAUUCUGGAAGGAUCCGGUCUCGAGCAGCCACCUGUGGGUCAGCAUACUGUUUUCUAUCGUGGCUAUCGGUGCUUCUAUUUCCGGCGCAAGCACACCAUUCUCAGGCCCCGAGAGUUCAUUGGCAUAUACUAAUAUGUCAGCACGGUGUCUUGUCUCAGGACAGUACCACAAAGCCGUGGAAUUCUUAGUCGAGGCUUUGACUCUCCAUCUUCAUUCUCGACGCUUUCAUCAAAAAAGCCCAGACGUCGAUCUAUGUCAACUACAUGCCCUGGCCGUUCGACUUGCUCAUCAAAGAUUCUAUCAUUGCGAGAUGAACCAAUUUCUUCAGCUUAUAACUCCCUUCGAGGCCGAAAUGAGACGUCGUGUGUGGUACUUUAUCCAGUAUUAUGAUGUUUUAUUCUCGCUCGAGUAUGGGGUACCUCCACUGAUCCACGAAGAUACUCACUCAACUGGCCAUCCGACCGACGCACAGGAUGAUGACUUUGAUGAGGACUCAACAGUGGUGCUGCCUAGAGCGACCACCGAUACAUCACUCCCUUGCGUGUUGAUGUCUCAGGUCUUACCCAUCUUACGUCGGAUCAUCUGUCAUGCAUUGGGCUUUAGCACCUGCAGCUAUUCAGAUGCAAUGCUUGUGAAAGCACAGCUGGACAUCUGGUACCAGUCUAUCCCGUCUUCACUUCGUAUCCGAUCGAUCAAGAUUACCGCUUUUACGGAUUCUAAUCAUAUCAUCAUGCAAAGAGUCCUUUUUGAGCUCAUCUACACCACGUUCAUCACACUCUUAUACCGUCCAUAUCUGGAUUCUUUGACAUACAGCGAUUACGAAUUCCAGACAGCUCUGGACGUCUGUCGUAAAAAUGCUGUAAGGUCAGUGAGAAUCUCUAUAGAGGUUGAUCGUGAGAUGCAGGAAGGUGGACGACUACAUGAUGACCGACACGUUGCUUCGAGUUUAUCGAUAAACGAUUUAUUGAUGUCGACCACUCUUGGCCCCCUUGAGUUUUUUGAAUGUGUCGACUUGCCGCCUAUCGAGGGAAAUUACAUCGUGAAUACGUUGCAGACAGCAGUGCAGUUGUGGUCAACAAGACCGUGCUUCUCUCCCCAUGUACUUGAAAACUCACGACUGCUUCGCAUAACGUUAGCAAGCAUAUGUGUGGUAGGUCCCGAAUUGAUACACAUUUCCCAUCCCGUACAGGACUCAAAUUACAUUGUAAAUACGGAGGAUAUUGGAGAGAACAGACAUAAUGUCUCAUGCCACAAUGAGAAGGAAAUCCUGUACGAAGACGAUGGUUUCAAUCAUUGA